AUGAAUAUCUAUCUAUCUAUCUAUCUAUCUAUCUAUCUAUCUAUCUAUCUAUCUAUCUAUCUAUCUAUCUAUAUGAGUGUAUGCCUGUUUCGCUCAUUUUCUCUCUCUGUUUUUUUUCCCCUUGUUCUUUCUUUCUUUCUUUCUUUCUUUCUUUCUUUCUUUCUUUCUUUCUUUCUUUCUUUCUUUCCAUCAUCAUCAUCAUCAUCAUCAUCAUCAUUUUGGCAAUUAUGUUUUUGUUCUGAGAUUAAUUUUUUCUUUUUCUCUUUUUCUUUUACCUCUUCUGACGCGUUUUUCUUCUUCUUCGUUAUUCAUUGUUUGUUUUUCUUUUCUUUGGCUUUCUUGGUUGUUUGUUCUUUGUUUUUAACUAAUAUUAUUCUCUUCCUUCAUUCGUAUGAUGCGUUUCUCUUUAAUUUCUUCUUUCUUUCUUCUCCUAGGUUCAUUGCGUUCUUUCCCUUCCGCCCCCUCUUAUCUUUUGCCUCCCCUUUCUCUACAACAUCUCCUCCGCCUCUUCUUAUUCUUCCACCCUGUUUUCCUUGUAUAUAUCUUUUUUUAACUAAGCCCUUUUCUUCUCUUCAUUAUCUUUUCUCCUUCCUUGUCUGA